ACCCCACGGUAAUUGGUAGCCCAUGUAAAGCCUAAAAUGAAUUCUGUCCAAACAAACCCAUUUCCAGCCCCUUCGGAAGCCCUCUUUUUUCUGUUCUCCCAAGUUAAUUUGCAUUUUAACAAUUUACCCCCUAGAGAGAGAUGGCGAUACGAAGACUGUUGCUGUUCUUGAAACCGUUUGACGUGUGCCCAGUUAGCCAAUCUAAGAGCCUCCCUCCAAUCAACAAUCCUCAGGUGUUACAUUAUCUGGACAACAGGCGUAAGGUUCACAAGGAUGCCGUAAAUUUCUGUAAAGACAUAUUGCAGCAGAAAUCAGUUGAUUGGGAACCCAUAUUGCGCACUGAUUUGUCACAACCAAUUCGUGAUUUUGAUUUAGUUGUUACUGUUGGUGGUGAUGGCACUCUUUUGCAAGCAAGUCAUUUCAUGGACGACUCAACCCCAGUUCUGGGGGUAAACUCAGACCCCACUCAAGUUGAAGAGGUGGAGAAAUUCGGUAGUGAUUUUGAUGCUACUAGAAGUACUGGCUAUCUAUGUGCAGCUACUGUCAAAAACUUUGAGCAAGUACUAGAUGACAUCCUUGAGGGUCGACGAGUUUCUUCUAACUUAACAAGGAUAUCAGUAAGAGUAAAUUCACAACUGCUUUCAACAUUUGCUCUCAAUGACAUAUUGGUUGCACACCCAUGUCCUGCAACAGUUUCACGGUUCUCAUUCAAAAUUCAAAGGGAUGGCAAAUCAUGUACCCCAUUAGCAAAUUGCCGAUCAAGCGGUCUUAGAGUCUCAACUGCUGCUGGAUCAACUGCUGCGAUGCUUUCUGCAGGUGGAUUUGUAAUGCCCAUUCUAUCUCAGGACCUCCAAUACAUGGUAAGAGAGCCAAUUCCACCUGGAGCAGCAACUUCUAGUUUAAUGCAUGGGAUAAUUAAAUCAGAUCAGUCCAUGGAGGCCAGAUGGUUUUCUGAGAAGGGUAAAAUAUACAUUGAUGGUUCUCAUGUAUGCCACUCUACUGAAUAUGGGGAUACUGUUGAAAUAUCUUCAAAGGCCCCAGUUUUGAAGAUUUUCUUGCCUCACAUUACGUUAUCAUAGUGCAUGUGAAAUCAGUUUAGUGUAAAUAUCCAUAAGAAUAAAAUAACUAACAAAUUUUUUUGCACACUAAUCAUUAGCGAACAGGAUAUGCUUGUUAGGAUUGA